AUGCCACCAAGAGGACAACCUGGUCUAGUACAGGGCAAGGCAAAGGGAAGGGUAACGAGGAGUACGAAGAGUGUAGCCGUCAAAGCCCGCACGACUGCCGUCGCCGCUCAGCCCGCAGGAACGUCGAGUGCGCACGCCACCAACAAGCGUGCCCUGCCUCCAGAAAUGGAAUCAGAGGACGAUAAACUCCCCAUUAAGCGAUUCAAGCCGGAUGUCGAACCCCUUGAAUCAUUGGCCGUGGAUAUAGAAACGACUUCAAAUGAGGGUUCACUGCCACCUUCCAGUGCAGACGUUUCAAUGUCAACGCUCUCCAACGCUUCGGAUACUGUGACUGUCUCUGCUGCUACAGGAGAACAACCGUCAAGCAACCCGAAUAUCGACCAUUUCAUGGAGGAUCUGCAGAGUCGUGGUCCAUCCACUGGUUCUCCACCUCCUGCACUGCGUACAGAGGAGCAAACAACAAUACCGAGUACCCCUAUGAAUGCUGCAAGAUUGGAGAUUUCAAAGACCCCGAAGGCGCCUUGGCUAUCGUCAUCAAAGCAGACCUCCCUCAAGUUUUCGCCUCUAAAGAAAGCUUUCGUCAAGCCCCGAUUAUCGGCGUCGCGCACGCCACUCAGGAAGCCCCCGGAUCUUGACCUCCCUUCGUCCGUGAUAGACGCACCCCCUGUAACGACGAAGGAGCCCGUUGAAUCAACAGAGUCAGCUAUGGCCGUUGAUACUACAGAACACGCCGCUCCAUCUACGUCGACGCAACCAAUGGUCCCCAAAACACCCAAGACGGCGACAAAACUACCAGUCCGCGCAGUCCCACUUCCCCGAAUGACACCCGCAAAGUCAAGAAACCACAAUGUUUCCGCUGCAUUCGCUUUACCUGUCUCGUUAUCGCCGACAAAGACGCCAGGCAAAGUCUUUGUAGCCAAAGCCGGUGGAUCUAGCUCUCCGCUCAGGCCCAAGGUUGGCAUGAAACCGUCAAUUUUGAGGAGAGUGGGAGGUAAACCGGCAAUGGGUCUCGCGUCCGCGUCGGAAGGUGAUAUUACAAGCACCAAAUCACCGCUAUCGAGCACGCUCGCAGCACUUAUGAACAGAACAACGGUUGACCCGCACGCAGCGACGCAGGCACAGCUCAGUACGCUGAGUCAAGCCUUGGAGGAGCUAGACGCUCCCCGCCCACCGUCAUCCGCUUCUCUGCGGCCCCCUCUAUCCAGGCCAGCCACAAGUCUUGGAUUACAGAGUGGGGCCAAGAAGGAAAAGGUGGCUCAAAGCACGUUGCAGCGACCCGCAAUGCCUCGGGUUCGGCCUGGUACAUCAAUGGCAAUCACAGGCUCGUCGCGAUCCUCACAGCAGCAGGGAGGCAGUACAUCUCAGACCCCAUCUGCGACUCUCGGUCGUGGUGCGCCUCCUGUGUCGAAUCUGGCUCAGCUUCAGAACGCAAGUAGCGUUGAAGCAAGAAGGGCGUCCACUGCCUCUCUCAUGCUAUCUCAAUCGCUACCCAAAACAGGGUUGAAACCCCAGAUACCACCCUAUAGAACUUCAUCUGGUCGGAGGGUUGUCUCGGCAGCACCAAGAGCGGCUCCGACUUCGGGAGAGAAGGAUAGAUCGUCGGAAGAUGUAGUAAUGGUCGAUGCUUCGCAACCCAUUGCCCCAGAGAGCAGCGUCAAGGGCGGGUCGUCAACGAAUGAACCUACGCGAACUGCCCCUUUGGAUAUCCUAAAGGACUGUAUUAUCUAUGUGGAUGUCAGGACAGAAGAUGGAGAGGAUGCGGGGUCUCUUUUUGUUGACAUGCUGCGUGGAUUAGGCGCCAAGAUCCUCUCCCGUAUUGGAUCAUCUCUUACGCACAUCGUCUACAAAUCCGGCCAGCCAUCCACCCUCACACGAUACCGAACGUUGGCAGAUCCAAAACCAGCCGUCGUCGGGAUUGCAUGGGUAGUCGAAUGCGUCGAAAAGCGGCACAAGGCCGAUACCGCUCGCUAUGCCAUUUCGCUCGAGGAAGAGGCUGGCAGCAUCUUGGAGGGUCUCAAGAAUGCAAAUGCAAAAUCGACAAAUACUGCAAAAGUGAGUGUCCAAGCUUUGCACUACCUUCAGCUUGUUCACUUUGAAAAGACGAAGGGUGGUAUACAGACCAAGCUUCAGUUCAAGCCUGCUCAAAAGGCUUGA